AUGAAGGAGAUGGGGUUGGAGACAUGCAGAGGCGAUGACAGAGAUAGGAACACCAAGGAGACUGCACAUGCCCUCCGAAAGUUGCCUCUUGUCAAGGCCAAGAGAUACUUGGAGGAUGUGCUUGCCCACAAGCAAGCAAUCCCCUUCACCCGUUUCUCUGUGGAGGUGUUGGAAGAACUGCUCAGGCAAAGAACAGGCACUCUAAUGGGCAGGGUCGUUGGCCUGUGA